UUCGUUGGUUUUCAUGUAGCAACUCGAAGAUGCUCGCUAGGUAUGUGAGCAGCUACCUGUUUCUCAUGUCAGGUUGAGCGUUUCGCAGCGUUGUUGCAGAUAAAUAAGGCGUCGCCGCUAAGCCGGACAGCUAGAACGUCUCAUGGUUAGGAAGCGCGUUCUGACCGAUGAGACAGAGGUGUGAGAUCUGAGGAGGGUUGUCUCUGUUAGUAGGGAUGCACCAACUCUAACUGCAUGCAGAAAUAGAGCCCUGCCCAGAUGGAAAAGAGAGAGAGAAAGCAAGGAUAUUUUGACAGACUGAAGAAGCGAAAGCAGCUCCGGUCGAGCCAAUCAGAAAAAAGUCCAAAUGAUCGGAGCCUUGCAUUAAUCUCCGAUGACCCCAUCAGGAAGGCAGAGCCACAGAGAGUGAAGCCAUCUGCAGGUUUAGGUGAUGGCUGCAAAAGUAACAAGCAGACCAAGAUGGAGAGGAAGAAGCCACCAGGAACAGUGGAGUUUAUUGUGGGACCUGAUGAUUCCCUCAACAGCAUCGCACUUAAAUUCAACGUCACCCCAAACAAGCUGGUCCAGCUCAACAAGCUCUUCUCUCGCAGCGUCUAUCCCGGUCAGAAGCUGUUUGUCCCCGAUCUGAGCCAAUCAGAAGCUGACCUGAAGUCUCCAACUUCCUCUGACCCCUCCCUCACUAAUAUUGUUCCUGACAAACAUGAUUGUACUCAAAGCUGCCGGUCAGCCAAGUCCAUCCGUCGGGAGCUGUCUCCUAACUCGGAGGACGAGAGCCCGGCGACGGUUAAAUUCAUCAAGAUGAGCUGCAAGUACUUCACUGAUGGCAUGGGAGUGGUGGGAGGUGUUCUCAUCGUGACGCCUAACAACAUCAUGUUCGACCCCCACAAGUCCGACCCCCUGGUGAUCGAGAACGGCUGCGAGGAGUACGGCCUCAUCUGCCCCAUGAACGAGGUGGUCUCGGUGGCGCUGUACGAUGAUUUGUCUCGCAUGAAGCUCAAAGACACCCUCCCCUCAGACCUACCUCAGGAUCUGAGUCCUAUCUACAGGCCCGUGGACUGGGAGCAGCUUCCGUCGGAGCGGGAAUUGAACCCCUUUAGUCGGUAUGAAGCUCUGGUUCCAAAAUGUCCCAUAGUUUUGGAUGACAUCGAAUCCACGCUGUCUGAAACUGUGACCCCAGAAGGCAAGCAGGCUGAGAAAUCUCCAUCUGAUGAAGGAUUUACUGAGCUGGAACCAAAUGUCAACAGGAGAACCGAGGAGGCAGAGGGGGCGCCCUCCGCAACACUCGGCGCGGACCGUUAUGAACUCGCAGUACCAAGCUGUCCAAGCUGGGGUAAACUCCCGGACAAUUCAAUGAUUGGCCAAGCCAAAAGGAGGCUGGAUGAUGAUGAGGACGAAGGAGUUGCUCAGAACAGCUCCAUCGUGGACGGAGAGUCGAUGCAAUCCUCCUCCGAGACAAAACUGAAAGCUGUUAAAGCUGCAGGCCCGCAAGUAACUGAAACCAAAGAUGUGAAGGCUGAAGGACCCGAGGAGCUCCUAAGUUGCGUAGGUGAUAAAAUAAUCAGGAAGCUCAGUCUUCAGGAGGAUUUAGGGGAUUGUGGAACAUCUGGUCUGGGAGGACAAAACCCAGGCAGACCAGCAAACGGGGGCAAGGCCGGCGAGGAGAGACUGAAGAAAAACUACGAGUCAGAGAUGAAAUCCUGGCUGCUGAAGAGGAUGCAGGCUCCAAUAGAAGACAUGCUUUUGUCAUCGAAGGAGAAGAGUAAAAACCCGCCAAUGUUCCUCUGCUUCAAAGUUGGGAAGCCAAUGAGGAAGUCCUUUGCCAUCAGCAUGACCUCCAGUCCAGCUCCCUGGUUCAGGGGUCAGGAGACUCAGCCAGAGUACUGGUUUGCUGUGCCACAGGAAAGGGUGCACGAUCUGUAUUCCUUUUUUGUUCAGUGGUCUCCUGAUGUGUAUGGGAAGGAAGCUCGGGAGCAGGGCUUCGUCGUAGUGGAGAAAGACGAGCUGGACAUGAUCGAUAACUUCUUCAGUGACCCUUCAUCUUGCAGCUGGGAGAUCAUCACCAUCAACGAGGCAAAGCGAAGGCAGAGCUUCGGCAGCUGUGACAAGGACACCUCUGUGGAUGCUUUGCCUUUUCUUAUCGAUAGCAGCGAUGUGUUGCAAGACUUUCACAUUGAGAAGCUGGCUAGUCGCCUUCCAGCCCGGGUGGAGGGAUAUCCAUGGAGACUGGCGUACAGCACGGAGAAACAUGGCACCAGCCUGAAGACUCUGUACAGGAACCUGGCAUAUGUGGACAAUCCUGUGCUGCUGGUCAUCAAAAACAUGGAUGACCAGAUUUUUGGGGCAUUUUCCACACAUCCCUUUAGAGUCAGCGAGCACUUCUACGGCACUGGGGAAACCUUCCUCUUCAGCUUCUGCCCUGAACUUGAGGUGUACCGCUGGACUGGAGAGAACUCUUACUUUGUGAAAGGCAAUACCGAUUCUCUGCAGAUGGGAGGAGGCGGAGGUCACCUGGGUCUUUGGCUGGAUGGCGAGUUGUACCGAGGCACCACCACCAAAUGUUCCACGUUUGACAACAAGCCUCUUUCCUUGCAGCCGGACUUCAACAUUCGCAGCCUGGAGGUGUGGACCUUCGAGUAGCCUCACCGACUUGAGAAUCAGUGAAAUACAUCACUUGGAGGCAAAACUAUAAACAAAGUGUGCUGAGAGACAGAAGCAGAUGGUGAGGUUGUUUAUUUCGGGGAGGCUGCAGGUCAGCUGGCAUGUUUACAACAUCCAUUUAAAGGUGGAAUUAGUCAGACAACAUAUUUCCGUUUAUCGCAGUUCAUCAGCUGCUUUCAAACUCACACCCUAACUCCUGCUUCUCCACCAUAAAGGCUGGCAAUAGCUCACAGAGAGAAGACGGAGACUUCUGGCUCUGUAAACCAUGACCUUACUGUUCACGUUAUUCUAGAGAGAGAUUUAUGUUUGUGUUCAAGGAUAGGAAGUGCCGUGAGCUUUUCUGUGCAGAAAUGAUGACUAUGAUAGUGAUAUGGUUUGUAUAUUUGACAAUGUACAUAGAUAUACUGAAUGAACUUGGAUUGGUAAUUAUUUUACGUCCAAAAUUAAGUUGAAAGUUUGAGUUAAGUAAAGAUGAUUGAGAAGUUUGCAUUCGCUUUCCUUUAAAGCUGACUUGUUUAGAGUGUUUUUGUCAGAUUUCUUUACCAAAUAAUAAAGUUUGUUUUUAUUCCAUGUUGAACUCAAAUCAACUAGUAGAGCAAGAAAAAGUUUGCAAUGACUAAAUAUUGCUUUUUUUGUCUGCUAUGACAUAUUUUAUAUUUAUGAAUAUUUUUGCAUAGUUUAUUAUUUUUUUAUGAGGGAUCUUUGGUUGCAGUCAACUAAAUUCUGUCCCACUCAGAAUAAUUUAGUCUUUAAAUUGUAGUUUGUGUAUGCGUGUGCGUGCUGUUGAGCCAGUAGAUGUUCAACAUGAUGCCACUUUGCACUGUUACAAAGCAUUACCGAAUAUAAAACUGUCGCUGAAUGUUGUUGAACCCUAAACCACAUGAGGGAAUAGCUGGCUGUCCAGUCACGGCUCCAUCUUUGUUUUUAUUAAAGAUGGAGAAGUGAUGAUCUGAUUUUUGCACUCUGACAUACCACUAACUAAACAUUUGCAUUCACUAACAUAGAAAUGAAAUACUCAUUUUUAUGUGAUAAAGGCUUGUAGUGCAUGAACAUUCAGUUUGGCAAAAAUCUGACACCACCACCUGCCAAACUAUUCAUUAAUGUCAGAAAUGGCUUCAUGUGAAAAUGAGCUUUUGUUGCUUUGAGUUGUUCAUUGUUGUAACUGUGAAUCCAAACUGUUCUGUGAUGUCACCAAAAAUCUAUUUAUUGUGUUGUUAUUGCGGCCACCUAUAAACCUAAAUAAACGUUAAAGUACA